UUGGCAGGACAAUGAGAGAGCAACUCAACAUCGCCAGUUUUAUGGCUUCCGCCCGCCAAUCGUCUCGUCCGUCUCGGGUUGAAACCGAGCCACGCCGCUUUAAAAAGUAUGGGGAGGAAUUGCGCCCUAUGAUUGAUGGGGUCCGGCUAAUGAUCCUCCGUCACAUCUUGGCGCAACCCAACCUUAGCUUUCUUUGUGUCGCUCUCUCUCCGCACUCAUGUUUAGAAAACCGCUCAUCGCCAGCAUAUACACAUCUCCAUCCCGACUCUUCCAUACAUCGGUAGCUAACAAGAUGUUGCAAGUCUGGGGCCGCAGGACCUCGUCUAAUGUCCAGGCUGUGCUCUGGUGCCUCGCCGAGCUCAAUGUGCCAUAUACACAGUAUGACAUUGGCCACCGCUUUGGCGGCAACAACACGCCCGAAUAUUUGGCCAUGAACCCCAAUGGCCUUGUACCUGUGAUCCGCGAUGGCGACGACGAGCCGCUCUUUGAGUCGAGCGCCAUUGUGCGCUACCUCGCAGCCAAGUAUGGUUCUGAUGCCUUUUGGCCCAAGGACCCCGCGAAACGUGCGCAGGUCGACAAAUGGGCCGAAUGGGCAAAGACGAAUGUCUUUCUCGGAUUUACCGCGCCCAUCUUUUGGCCUGUAGUCCGGACACCAAAGUCUAAGCAGAACCCAGAGCAGAUUCGUGGCGCAAUUGCCUCGUUGGACAAGUUUCUGGAUAUUGCUGAGACGGAGCUGUCCAAGAAGACGUUCCUUGCUGGUGAGGAGUUUACGCUCGCAGAUAUCCAGCUUGGUCACGCGCUGUUCCGAUACUUUGACAUUGAUAUUGAGCGCAAGAAGCGGCCCAACUUGGAGCGGUAUUAUGAGACCCUCAAGGGCCGCAAGGCGUUCCAGGACAUGGUCAUGGUCAGCUACGACGAGCUGCGGGCCAAAGAGGAAUAAAUGGAUACACUGUUUGGUGGUAUUUUGGAUCCAUUACCAGCUGCUGCUACUACCCAUAGAGUGAAAACUUUAUAUUACUGCGCGUGACGGGUAGCAAAAGUCGCCGGGUUCGGGCCCGAGACGGUGAUGGCGGCUGGCUUACUAGGGACUGAAUCAUGAACGAAGGGGGCUAGUGGAAUAUGACGAACAUACGGGUGUGCAACCCGAGGGGCAAUUGACUGACUUUUAUUCUUCAAUUUCUAAACUGUGCCGCAAGUAUAUAUUACAAUAUAACGAGAUCUUAAAGAAAAGAUAUAAAAAUGUAAUAGGAGUUAUAUGUUGAACAGUGGCGCUGUUUUGUAGAGAAGAAGCAGCCCUACUUUUCGGCACACCUCCAAGCAUUUGCCAAGGCGGGCCAGCAUAAGCCAAGACGAGUUUCCCGA